CAUAAGACGAUGAAAGUGGGUGACACGAGAUGUGAAAAGAGACGCACGCAGCCCCUUGUCCUGGGUGGGGUGGGCGAUAUUUAAAAUUUCUCCCUCAGCGCAUUGCAAUCUCUCUUUUCCUCGUAUAUAUAUAAGGAGCACAUCACGUAUUUAACAUGAGGCCACGCAAGGAUAGUGAAAGGCGCAGAUUCGCUUCGGAAUUGCAAACCUCAGCAGAAGGCUCCGAAUCGCCGCGUCGGAGGCCGCGACUGUUCGCUCUGAUGGCGGGGCAAUCACGGAAAUGGAUGAUCCUAGUUGCAACGAUUUGGAUUCAGGCCUUCACCGGAACCAAUUUCGAUUUCUCGCAGUACUCGUCGUCGCUCAAAUCCGCGCUCAACAUCUCGCAGGUGCAAUUGAACUAUCUCGCCACCGCCAACGACAUGGGGAAGGUUUUCGGCUGGUCAUCCGGCAUCGCGCUCAUGCACCUUCCCCUAUCGGUCGUCUUGUUCAUCGCCGCUGCCAUGGGAUUCUUCGGCUACGGCCUCCAGUGGCUCCUCCUCACCGGAGUCAUCGAUUUGCCUUAUUUUCUGGUCUUUCUUUUGUGCCUUUUAGGUGGCUGUAGCAUCUGUUGGUUCAACACAGUAUGUUUUGUUCUCUGCAUUAGGAAUUUCCCAGUAAACCGAGCCCUUGCCUUAGCGCUCACUGUGAGUUUCAAUGGCGUCAGUGCAGCACUGUAUACCCUUGCUGCCAAUUCUAUUGACCCUUCCUCCAGUGCACUCUAUCUGCUUUUGAAUGCUCUCGUUCCCCUUCUUAUUUGCAUAGCAGCACUAGUUCCUAUUCUUCGCCAACCGACUUUAGACCCUCUCCCUCCUGAUGCAGUAAACCGGGACUCAGUUAUAUUUCUAAUAUUGAACAUCCUAGCCCUUUUAACUGGCCUUUAUCUUCUCCUGUUUGGCUCUUCCACUUCUGGUGUGGCUUCUGCUCGGCUCUGUUUUGGUGGAGCUAUUCUGCUCCUCAUCUUCCCAUUAUGUAUUCCUGGCAUAGUAUAUGCUCGGGCGUGGUUUCAGAAUACCAUCCAUUCUAGCUUUCGGAUGGAAAGCUCCAGCUUCAUUCUUGUUCAUGAUGAUGAUCUUGAGAUGCAUAAAGAACUCCAUAGCCGUCACAGUAGUCUUGUUAGCAAUGGAGACACUUACAACCUGCUAAGUGACAAUGGAUACAUGUAUGGCAGUCAGAAAGCAAAAGAGAGUGAUGUAUGUUGCGAAAGGGUAAUUGGCCAGGAUCAGUUGGCAAUGCUAGGAGAAGAGCACCCAGCUGCAGUAAUUGUUCGAAGAUUGGAUUUUUGGCUAUACUAUAUUACAUACUUCUGUGGAGGUACACUUGGUCUAGUCUAUAGCAAUAAUCUUGGACAAAUUGCUCAAUCUCUGGGCCAGAGCUCAAAUACUUCUACGCUUGUCACGCUCUAUGCAUCCUUUUCCUUUUUUGGACGCUUGCUUUCAGCUGGACCAGACUAUAUUCGGAAUAAACUCUACUUUGCAAGGACUGGUUGGCUUUCACUUGCACUUAUACCAACCCCAGUUGCGUUCUUCCUCCUUGCUGCAUCAGACAGUCUUCUGGUACUGCAGACAGGCACCGCACUGGUUGGAUUGAGCUCUGGUUUUAUAUUCGCAGCUGCCGUGUCAGUUACAUCUGAGCUGUUUGGACCUAAUAGUGUGGGUGUCAAUCACAACAUCCUCAUAACAAAUAUACCUGUUGGCUCUCUUCUCUAUGGCUUUCUCGCUGCACUAGUUUAUGAUGCUAAUGCACACUCAAUACCAGGAAACUUGAUAGUGCCUGACUCAGUAGUGUGCCUCGGAAGGGAGUGCUACUUCUGGACAUUUGUCUGGUGGGGAUGCAUAUCUGUCCUUGGACUAGCAUCAAGCAUCCUAUUAUUCUUAAGAACCAAGCAUGCAUAUGAACAUUUUGAGAAACACCGUAAAUCAACACAAUCAAUUGUGUCUUAAUUUUUGUUAUUGAUGGGCCAUGAAGAUCUUGGUGUGGUUCACUUGUACAGUAGCGGAAACUUCAUUGUAUUAGGAUGAAUUUGCAUUUGGAGGUUGACAUUAGAGAAGCAAAGCUAUAGCUAUUCUUGAGGAACACAUGUAUGUAUUGUCUUCGAAGAGAGUUGUAGAUUUAGAAGGAAGAUGAUACAGAUUUUGUUUUACUCUUUCACAGUACACAAAAAUGAGAAAAGACGGCGAGAAGUGGUCUGAAGAACUAUGCAUCAAUGAAACAGAACGACAUUUUGGGCAGCCAGAAUUUUUUCCUGUUUUGCAGCCAUGAUUUGGCUCACAGUUAGCAAAUAAUUCCUCUGCUUUGAACAAAGCUGUCGAAGCAAGAGCUAUGCGGUAGCCGAGUUUGAUGCAUGUUAGAUCCAAAGAAGCUGCUCCCAUACACUUUGUGGUUACUUUGAUAUUGAGUUCUUUCAACAAAUUAGACAAGACGUUUUAAAAACUAUAGUUAUUUAAUACUUUAAACUCUUAUUUGCAAUGAACAUGUGGCUCUAGUGCCCAAGUUACUUCAAACCUCUUGUUUUCUUUUUCUUCAGUUUUUCCAUUUCCAGAGAAAAAACAGACAUCAGAGAGUUCAAUUUUGUAUUUGAGAAUCACAAGAAGCAAGCUUCAUCUGAAUGUAUGACCUUGAGCGAGACUCUUUCCUUUUUCGCAGGUUCUGUUAUGAAUUCUAACUAUGUAUCACUCGACGAGGUGGAGGAAGAUUUUGACUUCCAAAUUCUGAUUACUCGUCAUGCUAUACUUCCUGAUAGACUAUUUGUAAAUUUUGCCA